GACUGAAGUCGUGAGUGGAACGUCAUGCCUAGUCGAAUCGGGUUUGUGCCGCAUGGUAGAGCAAGAAGAAGGCCUUGAGAAGCCCGACGAGAGAUCCCCAUGCCUCGGACUCUGAGGUUGGUGAGGGCAGCAUCAUCACCCGCGAUGGUGUUGCAUACGAGGAUGUCAGGGUGCAGUAUGUGGACAUGCCCUUUAACUCGAGGAUCAUCAAGGGCUUCUUUGGAAGAAGCAACGACAGUGCCAACAGCAAGAUCUACCACUUAGGCUUUAUCUGGCCUCGAUUGUCCAAGUUGACUGCAGAUGAAGCAGAAGCGAAGUUCGCCGAGGGAAGUGACAGUCGAGAACUUUGCGGAACACCAGAAGAGCCAAACAGCUGGCACCAAGUCUCCUCAGGACAAGUUAGCCUCCGCGCAAAAGGCUCUUGAUGACAGCCGCAACCGGAUCGCCGAGCUCGA